AUGGCAAAAAAAAUGCUGAGAGGUUUUGAUUUCUGGUUCGGAAUUGAUCUGAACGAGCCAGCUGACCAAGAUUUUGCUCCUGGAAGCAAUGACAAUGAAGCUGGAUCAUCUCAUGCUCCUCCAGUUUCGGAAAGCACUCCUGACCAAGGUACAGUUCCUGGGAGUAACAGCAAUGCUGCAGGAACAUCUCAUGGUGGUCCUAAUUGGGAAAAUGUUGAUGCAACUGGGCCAUUUGGUCCAUAUUCGGCUGGUCAGAGUAGUGAUGCACAAGUCGACCCAAAGGACACUUCGGACAGAGGCACUAACGCCGGAUCAGGUUUCCAGACAGGUGUGACUUUACCAAGUGAGGACAGUGGUGAGGAAGGUGAAGUUCAGUCAACACCAGAAGGUUUUUCCCCCAAGACACCAUUCCUUGGCAUGAAAUUUGACACCUGGGAAGCUGCUCUGUCACAUUACAAUAGGUAUGCGCAUCAUGUUGGCUUCUCUGUUAGGAUUGAAUCAUCUAGGAAGUCUACAAAAGAUGGAGAGAAAGACAAAUGCUUGUUUGUUUGCAAUAAAGCGGGGAACAAUUCAUUACCACCUACUCCUGUGAAGAUUAGAAACCGAACUAUCACAAAAUUGGCAGAUUGCAAGGCAAAAAUGAGGAUUAAAAGAUCUGGUGCCAGAUGGGAAGUUACUCAGUUUGUCGAGGAACAUACGCAUGAAUUUGUUGAGAAAUUUGCUCUGAAAAAAUUCUUGAGGUCGCACAACAAAAUUCCAAAAGAAGAGAAGAAGUUCAUUGAUUUGCUAAGUGAUGUAAAUCUCAGUUCGGGUAGGAUUAUGGAAAUCAUGGCGGAAUUAUAUGGAAGCAAGCAGAAUGUACCUUACAGUACUAAAACCAUUAGCAAUUACAGAGCCCAACAUAGUGAAGAGCGCAAAAUCAAAGACAUCCCUGAGUUCUUGAAAUACUUUGAGAAGCUAAAAGAGGAUGAUCCUAGGUUUUAUUAUGACUACAAGCUAGACGAUGACAAUAGGGUUGAGAACAUCUUUUGGGUUGAUGGUGCAGCCAGAGAUGUGUACAAGCUGUACAAUGAUUGCAUAUCGUUUGACACAACCUUCAUGACUAAUCAGUAUAACAUGCCUUGCGCACCAUUCAUUGGAAUCAAUAGAUAUGGUCAGUCCAUACAGCUUGGAUGUGGUUUCCUGAGGAAUGAGAGGGUUGCGAACUUUGAGUGGCUAUUCCGGACAUUCUUAGUAGCAAUGGAUGGUUUGCACCCUCUGAAUAUCAUUACUGACCAGGAUGUAGCUAUGAGGACUGCAAUUGAAAUGGUUUUCCCUGACACCAUUCACCGGAACUGCAGAUGGCAUAUCAUGCAGAAGGUUCAGGAAAAAAUUGGUCCUAUGGCAGCCAAAAGAGAAGACUUGAGAAGAGAUUUCAAUGAUGUUAUUGACUAUAGUGUUACUGAAGAAGAAUUUGAAACUAGAUGGGCUGAGAUGAUCCAAAAACAUGAUGUUGUUGAUAAUGAUCAUUUCAAGGACAUAUAUGGACUAAGGAAAUGUUUUGUUCCUGCUUAUUUCAUGAAGCGCUUUUUUCCCAUUCUUGCAAACAACAGCUCGCAGUGA